AUGGAGUCUCAUUGUUCAAGAUUCUUGCUAUUCUUUCUAUUCAAUUCUCUAAUCAAGUCCUUCACCAUCACCUCCGGUGAUCCAUCAGCCUUCAUAAAAUGUUAUUGUUCAGAAGCUGGUAACUAUACCAUUGGUAGUCCUUUCAAGGAAAACCUCAAUCUUGCGCUCUCCUACCUGCCAUCAAACACCAGUUUAAAUAAUGGCUUUUACAAUGUCUCAGUUGGCCAAACUUCUGAUAUAGUUUAUGCAAUCUCCUAUUGCAGAGGAGAUGUGUUAUCGGAUAUCUGCAGGAGCUGUGUUUAUGAUUCUGUUCAAGAGAUCUUCCACUGUUGUCCCAACCAGAUGGAGGCUUUGGGAUUUUAUGAUUACUGCAUGUUAAGAUACUCAAAUCGCUACAUAUUUGGUGUCUUAGAGACUCAACCACGUUUUAAUUGGAGCUCUGAAGUAAUUGUCAACAGCACAAAUCAGUUUGAACAGGAACUGGAAAGCUUGCUGAAUCGUUUGGUUGCAGAAGCAGCAUGGCAAUCUCAAGGAAAGAAGUUUGCUGUCGGACAAUUAGAUAUGACAUAUGCUCUUGUGCAGUGCAGUGAGGAUUUAUCAUCACUAAAUUGCAGCGUAUGCUUGGACUCGGCAACUAAUGAUAUCUUAAAUUUGUAUGGAUGGGAGACAGGAGCACAAAUUCACAUGCCCAGCUGCAAUAUAAGGUUUGAGGUUUAUAAAUUCUACAAUUCUACCCCAGGUGGACCAGCCAUCCGACCUCCCAGCAAUGCACCCCCGCCGCCUCCAACAAAUUUUAAUAACUCAACUGGAAAGGGGGGAAGCAAGAUUUUGGUUAAGGUAGCUAUUGGUGUUGGUGCUUGUGCUGGUGCUGGAGGUCUACUAGCAGUACUUAUUCUUGUUCGGUCACGAGACAAUAGUAUCGAUCUAAUUGCCCGAACCGAAUAUGGAAACAUUAGUUCUCCAUUCACAAAUAUUGAAAGUCCUGAAGCUAAUGGGUCAGGUCGUGGUUCAGAAGCCCAGUUAUAUGAUGAUAAUGCCAUUAUUGGUGCCGAGGCAAAUCCACCUUCUGAGCCUGAUGAAGUUGGUAAAGUUCUAGAAGCCCAGCCAUCUGGAAAUCAUGUUAUUGCUGGGGAAAUUAAACGAUUCCAACUUUCCAGUAUUAAGGCUGCCACAAAUGAUUUUGCUCAGGCUAAUGUUCUUGGUCGAGGUGCAUAUGGUGUUGUUUAUAAGGCUACACUUCCAGAUGGACAAGAAAUUGCAGUGAAGCGGCUGAAGCUAAGUUCCUGCAAUGAUGAUGAAUUCAAAAAUGAGUUGUCAGUACUGGCGAAGCUUGAGCACGAAAAUCUGGUGAAAUUUCUUGGUUUCUGCUUGGAAGGAACGGAAAAAAUCCUUGUUUUUGAAUUUGUGAAAAAUGGAAGUUUAGAUAAGUUCAUAUUCGAGAGAGGACAUCGACAGUGGGAGAGACUUCACAGUUUCAUACUGGGAAUCGUUGGAGGACUUCUUUAUCUGCACAGGGAUUUCGGAACUCGCAUAAUCCACCGCGACAUAAAACCAGCCAACAUACUUUUAAGUGAAAGUAUGGAACCUAAAAUUGCAGACUUUGGGAUGGCUAAAUUGUUCAGAGACGACCAAACUCAUUGUGAAUCAAGCAAAAUUAAAGGAACAUUUGGAUAUUUGGCUCCUGAAUAUGCCAAUUGCCGGCGUUUCUCAGCACGGUCAGAUGUAUAUAGUUUCGGUGUGCUGGUACUGGAAAUUGUGAGCGGUCGAAGGAACAAUUCUGCUGAUCCUGGGGUUCACUUGCUUAGCUGCGCAUGGAUAAGUUUGAUGAGGAAUGACAGAGUUUCAGAUCUCUACGAUCCAUCAAUAUUGGGAAGUAACCCAUCAGGAGCUAUUGAUCAAAUAAAGAGAUGCAUCCACAUUGGGUUGUUGUGUGUUCAAGCAAAUGAAGCUCUCAGACCAGAAAUGGAGGAAAUCGAUACAUGGCUCAAGGACUCCUCUAUCCAACUACCACCACCUUUGAAGCCACCUUUUUUUGUGCCAAGUGAUUCUGAGAUGCAAAUGUCUGUGCCAAUUGUUGGUUCAUCCACAUCGUCGUCAACAUCGGGCUAUCAAUCACUACCCAGCCAUACCUCUGGUAGUAGCUAG